GUCUGCGCAGGUCUCGCUUGUCUCAAACAAGCCUGUUGAUCGAAAUUGCGCAGGUCUCGCUUGUCUCAAACAAGCCUAUUGAUGUGACCAGCAUCCAGCCCAGUCACGUGAAACGCGUGGAGGCUUUCUAUUUGCUUAGAGUUUUUGCAACCUUUAGUUGCCAGGUAACACUGCACAGUGGCAUUUCAGGAAUUGUAGUUCAAAUAAGGUCGCCUCCUCCUUACUGAUCACACAUGGUCUGAGAGAAGAAACUACGUAUCCCAGAAUGCACGACUUGAGGAAGUGCCCUCCCAUUUUGAGCACAUGACUUGUGGUACUCCAGUGAGCCACAACAACAGUAAUAUUUGUUCGACUAAUGGGUUGUCUGGCUAGUAUUUCAUAUUCUAUCGUUUGCUUGUUAUUUAAAAAAUGAAGCUGCCAUGUUUAGUUGUUGCACUGUGCUUCGGAGUAGGUGUAAUGGCCGGGAAAUACUCACGCGACGUGAACGAGCCCAAGUCUAGUGAUGGGCAGAAGCUGGAAUUUAGGAUAGCUAAAUUGGACCAGGUGUGGAACAAGGCUAACAGGAUGCAGCUCUCUCCCGUGCGGCAGUCCGAGCUGCACAGUGAUCUGAAGAUCCAGGAGAAAGAUGAGUUGCAGUGGAAGAAGCUGAAGGUGGAGGGGCUGGAUGAAAACGGAGAGAAAGAGGCCCAGCUCCGACGUAACUUUAAUGGUGAGACAGCUCAUUGAAGUAAAAAGCAUUUCA